GAAAUUAACCCAUAUCCGGAAAACUCCAAGUUAUGAACCACAUGGUCAUGGGCUGGACAAAUACUCUCCCUCUCGUGGUUCUAUCUUCACCGUAGGGUUUAUCUCCGAUUCCACUCGCCACCGUUUCUCUCUGCCGCAAUGGGCGGAGCCACCAGGUUCUUCGUCCUCCUAUCCACUCCUCUUCCUCUCAUUCACCACCACCGCCGCCCUUCCUUUCUCCGCCUCGCCUCUCACUACCACAACUUCUUCCGAUCUUCUCUUAAGCCCAGAAACAGAUUCUUAUCCCCUUCCUUUCCCCUAAUUAGAGCCUCUCGCCAUGUCCAUUCCCAGGUCUCCACUCCAGGGGAUGAGUUCGGGAAUUUUGAAGAAUCUGGGUCCGUCAAUGGCGUGUUUUCUCCGGAUUCUUAUAUUUGGCGAGAAUGGUCCAAUUUCCUCGGGAGCCUCGACUCCGGUGGCUAUUUUGGUAGUCCGGGUUCUGGGAAUGAGUUCGUCGCUGUUCAGGAGCUGCCAGCUGAGUUUGUGAAUGCGGCUAAUGCGUGCUUGGCAUUUUCCCGCGGCCGUGAACAUCUCUUAGGAUUGCUUCCUAGGAGGGAUAUUGAGGUGUUGGUUGAAAGCGUGAACCCAUGUCUGUUCAGAGACGGGGAUGCUUCAUUGAGGAAGAUGAAGUUGUUCUUACAAGGCGAUGAAACUCAGGUUUUGGAUUCUGAUAAAGCAAGGACGAUUGAUUUAUUCAAAUUUAUCUUGAGCUAUGCCAGAAACCCGACUGUUUCUUCAGAAAGUAAUCUGUACAGUAGAGAUCAGGUAGAAUCAUCUAUGAGGAAUCUGUUAAGUGAAAUAUGCAAGCUUUGUUUUAGCAAUCCAGAUCCGAAGCUUUUGGAGACAGACAAUCAAUUUUCUGACAAAUAUAGCCAAUCACGUGGGCCGUAUGGGCCAAAAGUUGAAAUGAAAAGAGGGGACUGGAUUUGUCCAAGAUGUAGUUUCAUGAACUUCGCAAGAAAUGUGAAAUGCCUUGAAUGCGAGGAGGCCCGACCAAAGCGACAGCUGAUUGGUGGAGAAUGGGAAUGCCCUCAAUGUGAUUUUUUCAAUUAUGGGAGGAAUACAGUGUGCUUAAGGUGUGAUUGCAAAAGGCCAGGGCCUCCAUCUCUCAGUAACAUUAACAUAAAUUCUGGUUUAGGGAAUGACAAUGGAAGUCACACAAUUAAGGUUGAUAUCGAUAGUAAGUUGGCUGCAAAUGAAGAGAAGGCUCAGCGCUGGUUUAGUAAGAUUUCUCAGCUGGACAGUACUUCUGAUUCGGGCUCCUCAAUAACAGAUGAAGAUUUCCCUGAAAUAAUGCCAUUGAGAAAAGGAGUUAACAGAUUUGUUGUGAGCACGAGGAAGACGCCUCUGGAGAGGAGGUUGGCUAAUGCUCAAUACAGAAGAAAUUUGGGCAACGAUGGAGUUCCAGAAAAUAACAGCAGUGAACUGUCUGCUUCUAACAAUUCUCUUGACAAAACAACAAGCCAUGAUGACAUUCUUGGUCGCCUAUCCACUAAUUCUCAAUCCACGAAUUUUGGAAACGAGCAAGGUAUUCGUACCAAUUAUACUUUAUCAUCCACUUCAGGUUCUUCGCAAUAUGAGUCCCCGAAAGGAGGUAAUUCCAGUUAUGUUCCAUUUGUUCCAUUACCCCCAGAUAUGUUUGCGAAAAAGCCUAAGAAUUCAAGCAUGGAGAGUGAGGUAGUUGGUACUGAUAAUAACAAAUCCCUUCCAUCAAGCUCUAAUGAGUGGACAGGCAGUACUUCCCAGAGCAAUGGAUUGAACGAAGUAGGAGAUAUUCCUUCUCCACCGCAGAAUCCGACUCAGAAAAUUAAUGAAGGGAAGGAGGAAACUGAAAAAUCUGAGAGAUGGUUUAAAAGGGUUGCCGAACUGCACAACGUGACAGAUCUUCCUAGUGCAAUUUCUGAUGAAGACUUCCCUGAGAUCAUGCCAAUGCGCAAGGGAGAAAAUAGAUUUGUUGUCAGUAAGAAGAAAGACCGCUCUUUAACGUCUCCAGCUUAUAAGAGGCGUGCUGCCAUGGAGCAAGCUGGCAGUUCCAACUUUGUCCCCUUUGUUCCUUUCCCACCGGACUAUUUUGCAAAAAAAGAUAAGGCCUUGUCAGAUGAUUCAAAUAGUCAAGUGACUGAGACCUUCUCAGAUGAUUCAAAUGGUCAAGUGACUGAAGCUCAGUCAUACGACACUAGCAUUGGUAUCGAUGAUAGAAGUAACUCUCAACAGUCUGAUAAUCUAGAAACUCAAGCAGGCAGGUUCAACUCAGAACUCCAUACACGGAAUUCCAGUCGGAGCGAUGAAGCUACAGCAUACGGAGUACCCAACAUUCAAAGUCUAGACACAAAUUUGGUUAGCUCUCAACCUGGUCACAAGAAUGUGGCGAAUAACAACACAAGUGUAGCGGGAAAUCCGUCUCCAGCAUCCGAGAUGCCAAACGUAAGAGAGAAAUGGAGUGGAAAAAGUUUGGAGGGUUCAGCGGUCACUGAACCAGAUCCAUUGGACAUGUCAGAGGAGGCUAAAGUGCAAAGAUGGUUCCGUCGUGUUGCUCAGAUCAAGGACAUCUCUGAGCUAAGUCAGAUUCCGGACGAAGAUUUUCCAUCGAUCAUGCCAAUGCGCAAAGGUGUCAACAGGUUUGUAGUCAGCAAGAGGAAAACUCCAUUGGAAAGAAGGUUAACAUCACCUCAAUACAGAAGAAAUCUGCCCAUUGUUAGUUCAGACCCACCAAAGCGAGAAAAUGAUGGCAGUUAGAAACACCCAGCGUUCUUCAAUUUCUUUCAUAAACUGAGAUUAUUGGUAUUGGUUUGUUCUUUACCGUGAAAAAGAAAGGAACUUCAAAUAUGGCUUUUAUAACUUAAAAUCUUGGUUAUUGAUUAAAUUGAAUUGAAUAGUAGUUCAACCACAUAA